UGUGAGACGUUCGAGUCAUAUAAGAGUCUUGGCCGUUGUGAAGCAAGACAUCAGUCGAGGUCGUGCUUUCGAGACAGUCAGAUCCAAGAAGGAACAUUCGUUGAGUUUCUGAUUAUAUAACGCUGUGAAAAGAUGGCGAAAUUAAUGCUAUACGUCUUCGCGACGUUGUUAGUCGUUUCUCUUAUCACGGCGAAACCCGCUGAUAAACAGUCAUGCGGUCGACAUGGUGACCCGUGCAUCUCCGACUCACAAUGCUGUACCAAUAUAAAGUGUCACCGAUAUGCGAAUAGAUGUCAAGUUCAAAUUACCGAGGAAGAAUUGAUGGCACAGCGAGAAAAGAUACUGGGCCGAAGGGGCAAGGAUUACUAACACUAGGCGAACAUUCGGCCAUCGUUGCGUUAUGCUGAACUGUGCGAUAAUAAUCCUUCUAAUUCCAUGACCGAAAGCUUAGGCUCUCUUCUACAACACUUUCUAGAACUUGGGUCGAAGAUUGUUCUUCAGGAAAUUUCCUUGUAGAAAUGUAUAAUACGUUUUGCGUAGUGAUUUAUAAACUGUUAUGACGUAUGUGUAUUUUGUGUAAGAGUAAAUAGUGCAAUAUCUCUCGACGGAGAGGAAGGAUAAAUACAAACUGAAGACUUA